UAUACGAAUGAUCCCUGAAGAGUAAGGCUGUGCGAGAUACCCAGCGAACGUAUACAUUGUGGCUAAACAUUGCACUGCAAGACAUGGAUCUCUAUUCGUUUAAGGGAAGGAGUCCAGAAAGUGAUGACGAUUACCUAGACUGGAGUGAUGAUGAAGACCUUAUUUGUAAUUCCAAGUAUUAUGUCAGUUCUGAUGAGGACGAUGAUGACUUAAACCUCUUCACAAACUUCAGAAAACCAGUUAAAAUUUGCUCAAAACCAGUGAACACAAAUAAUGAAGAAGAUGAAUUUGAAAAGGAAAUGGCCUCUGAACUCUCAGCAACAAUGAACUGCUUGACUACUGCCUUCAGCAAAGGCAAGGACGAUGGAGUUAAAGCAGGCCCAAGUCAAGUGGAACCAGAGAAGAUUCAAGUCAAGGAUUCUGAAGAGAAUGACUCAGAGUUUUAUGAUGAUGUGUACUUUGACUCAGAUGACUCUGAAGUUGAAGACUCUGCUACUGCUGAAAGGAAGAUGCCAAAGCCAAAGACGGGAAGGGAAAAGAGACGCAUUCUCUCCAACGAUGAACUUUUUUAUGAUCCGCAAAUGGAUGAAAGCCAAAAUGGGUGGAUCAAAAAGGGAGGUCUAUCAGAUCAAAAAAAAAGGCAUAAUCCAUACAGACGCAGCAGUAACCCUGGCAAAGGGGACCCUCAACCCUUGCCGCAGAGUGAUGCUGUGCUGAACUGUCCUGCCUGUUUAACAACACUCUGCAUGGAUUGCCAAAGACAUGCUAUUUAUAACAACCAAUACAGAGCAAUGUUUGUUUUCAAUUGCACUGUUGACUGGUCAGAAGGUUUGAAAUUCCCCACAAAAGGACAAAAGAAAAAGGAAUUCCUCAAGAACAAAAGGAAGAACAAAUACAGAAAGGAGCAAGGUGCCAGAGAGUCUGAGGAACCUAUAGUGGAGGGAAUGGAAUCCUCAGAAAAAGGCAGGGAGGUUGAGUCAUCCAUGCAGCCUGAGAACAGCAUGGAUUUUCAACAAAGAAAUAGUAAGGCCAGUCAUCAGGCACUUGAAGGUGGUGGCAUAAUAGAACCAUUGCAAGCAGAGAAGUCUAUUCCUGAGGGCAGUAAGAGUAUCCUGUCAAAGGACAUGUUAGAAAGGGCAGUAGGAGAAGGAGAGGGUUCCUGUCGCACCAAAACUAACACACCCAAGAAAGUUCUCCUUUGAAACUGAUGGUAGUGAUGAAAUCUUCCAUCCAGUAAUGUGCAAUAUUUGUAAUACAAAAGUUGCUGUGUAUGAUAAGGAUGAAGUUUAUCAUUUUUUCAAUGUUGUGACAAGUUAUUAAGCCAUGCUACAUAUUUUCUGUGAAUGAAAAAUCUGUAUAUUUUUUUGUUUAAAAUGUAAUCCCCAGAAAAGAUUAAUUAUAUAACCUUAGUUUGGCAGAUGUAACCAGGUGGUCCAUGUAUUGUAUGUUUAUAGUUUGCCCUUUAUAGUAUGAUUAAAAUAAGAUAUUUUU